UUGGAGAGCCGCGAGGGACGCGCAGAAGCAAACAAAAAUGGCAAAAAGCCUAAGGAGCAAAUGGAAAAGAAAGAUGCGAGCAGAGAAAAGGAAGAAGAAUGCCCCCAAGGAGCUUGCCAGAUUGCAGAGCAUCCUGAAAACAAACAGCGAUGUUGUGAUGGAUGAAGUGAAAGAGAUAGCAACUGUUGUUCCUGCUGAGAAAAUCAAAGAAAAAAAGGAUCUUAAUGAGGAAAGCAAGAUGGACAUGGAUACCAAAAGAAAUCAGAAGACUCUUCUAGAUCAACAUGGACAGUAUCCAGUAUGGAUGAAUCCAAGGCAGAGGAAGAAGCUUAAGGCAAAGCGUACCAAAGGAAAAAAUAAGCCCAAAGUACCAAAAGGAUUAGCAUGGUAGAGACUGGUUGAGUUUUAAGAAACUGAA